GAUGUCACCUUAACCUGACGUGCAGCGCUGGCUUUGUGCAAUCCUCCCCCAGAGGACCUGACCAACAGCCUUAAUUUGCCGUGGCAGCCGUGAAUUAUCUCAAGUUAUGGGGCGAAAUAACUAGAAUACUUGGAGCCAGGGGCCAUGGGCUGUGCUUCAAGCGUGCCAGAGGAACCGGCCCCUCCAGCCGGUCCACAAGCGAAGCGGCAGGAGCCGUAUGCGGUCAAAGAGAAAGAACCGCAAGGAGAAGUAGUUAACAGGAGCCAUCGGCCCAGCGCACAAGAAGCUGCAUUCGCAAGCGAACUCGCAAAGCUUAUUGCCGAGGCCACCAGCGGGCAAAAGCCGAAGGACGCAUGGGUCAUCCUGUACCGCUGCGCCGACCUCGUAUGCAGUGCGUUUGGGUUUAAGACAUGCAGCCUGGUCAUCUACACGACCAGCGGGCUGUGCUGCAAGCUGGCGGUCAACAGCGGCAGCCCGCUGAACGAGCUGGUCAGCGCGCACCCCGACCUGCUGCCCGCGGAGGCCAUGGGCUGGGUCAGCGCGGCCGUGGCGGCGGGCAAGCCCGUGUGCUGCAAGGCGGGCGAUGACGCCUGGGCGCUGCACGGGCGCGAGGCGCACUCCGACUUCUCAUUGCUGACCGGCCCUGUCGGCGGCUGCAGCAGCCUGGCGGUGCUGCCGCUGGUGGGCGGCCAGAAGUGCCCGGGCGCGCUGCUGCUGGGGCACACCGCGCCGCUCAGCGGCUUCCUGCAGCAGAGCUGGCUUGCCACGCUGCUGCCGCUGCUGAGCCUGUACGUGGUGGAGAGCUACCUGGUGCGCAACCUCACCAUCAUCGAGAAGGUGGUGGAGGUGGUGAGCCUGAACAGCCUGGCCUACGCGGUCACGUCGGAGCUGGGCGACAUAUUCGAGUGGUGCCACAAGGACGAUGUGGAGGCGCGACUGGUGGUGCUGAGCCCGGAGGGCGACACCGCCACGGUGUACUGCAAGGUGUGUGCGGCCAAUGUGUACAACGACGACCGCAACAGCCUGCGGAGCGGCAUGUCCAGCGGAGUGUCGGGACAGCAGCGGAGCGGCAACGGCACGCUGCUGGAGGAGGGGCUGGUGGGCACCCACAUGAGUCUGGACAACACGCUUACCAAGCGCUGCCUCACGGGCCGUCAACGGUUGCUGUUCGUGGCGGAUGUGAUGCAGGCUCUCAAGCUGUACGGCGAGCCGUGGAAGGACAUCUUCUUCGACAACGCCGCCGUGCUGACGCCGUGCUGGGUGCUGGCGGCGCCGCUGGUGCAGGACGGCAAGAAGCUGGGGGCCGUGCUGUGGCUCAGCAGCUGCAGGGUGAACAGCGACGUGUUGAUGCGCACCGCCUCCACCUGCGCCUCGCCCAUCAUACACGCCGUCACGCGCUGCGCCGCGGCGCUGGCCGCCGGCGGCGCAGCCGGCAACGGCAACGACUCUGCGUACGGCCGCAUGAUGCCGAGUACGGCAGGCAACAGCCAGUACGGCCCCAACAGCCAGUACGGCGCCAACGGCGCAAGCACGGCGGGCGGCGGCGGGGCGGCGGGAGGCGGGGGUGGGGGUGCGGGCGGACUGAGCAGCUUCACGCAGCUAUCCAGUCGGCAGAGCAGCACGCUGUCGCGCGGGCGGACGGGGCGGCUGGGCGGACCGGGCGCGGAGGACGGGGCGCUGCCGGGCCGCAACAGCACCGACGCCGAGGCUAUGGCGGACACGGACGGCCAGAGCAGCCGCGCGGCGCAGAGCGUGCCCGACAUCCCUGUCAAGUACGUGCUGCGCCACUCGCCCUCCACAUCGGCGCUGAUGCGCAUGUACAAGUCCACCAUCGCGCAGCGCGCGCCGCCCACCGACGACGACAGAUCCACGGGCUCCAUCCACGAGAUCCGGAUCCUGUCCAAGGCGGGCGAGGGCGCGUUCGGGUCGGUGUACGUGGGCCGCUGGCGCAACAUCGUGGUGGCGGUGAAGAUCAUAAAGGACACCAGCGGCAACCGCAGCCUCAAGACGGCGUGGGAGCUGGCGGUGAACAAGUCGCUGUCGCACCCCUCCAUCGUCACGGUCCACGCGAUACUCACAGACGUGCACCUGCAGAAGACCUCCACGCGCGUGCUGCGCUUCGUGCCGGCCGCCGCGCUGGAGGCGCAGCAGACCGCCGCAGUCAUGGCCGCCGCCGCCGCCAACGCCGCGGCCGCCAACGGCAGCAACGGCGGCACGGGCGGCAGCGAAGGCAGCCCCGCGCCUGCCGGAGGCGCGGCGCCCUCUACGCCCAACGCCACCACUCGCCUGGCUGCGGUGGGCACAGCAGGCGACGCCGCCGGCGGGCAGCUGCCUUCCAAGGGCAGCGCGCCAACGCCGGGAGGGACCGCCGGCGAUGCGCUGCAUCUGGGGCCGCAGAGCGCGGGGCAGGCCGUGGGCCUGGCGGCGGGCGGCGGGCAGCCCAACCUCUCUCGGACCAGCGCGGGCAGCAACGUGGGGCCGCCCUCGGCGGCACUGCUCAAGCCCACCAAGCCCAUCACUCCGAAAGUGCACGCCAUCCUGAUGGAGUACUGCAAUCUGGGCGGGCUGCACAAGUACAUCGACAACCGCAUGUUCUUCAAGGACCGGACCAUGCCCGACAAGGCCACGGAAGCGGCCCGUGCCGCUGCCCCCCUGCCUGUGGAGUGUGUGCACAUGGACUUUGUGCUGGCCACCCUCAGCGAGGUGGCCAGCGCGUUGCAGUACCUGCACGCCCAAGGCUUCGUGCACUGCGACUUGAAGCCGGAGAACGUGCUGCUCAAGGAAGCCAACAACCGGCGCGGCUUCACAGCCAAGCUGGCGGAUUUCGGGCUGAGCGAGCUGCGCAGCGCGGACGGCCAGGUGGUGGGCGACCUGGGCGGCACCGUCACACACGUGGCGCCCGAGUCCGUGCUGCACAGACAGGUGUCGUCGUUCUCCGACAUGUACGCAUUCGGCAUCCUCAUGUGGGAGCUGUACACGGGCCAGCAGCCCUACCGCGCGCUGCUGUCCCACAUCUCCAAGCGCGAGGACCGGCACCGGGCGCUGCUGGCGCGGGUGGUGCACGAGGGGCUGCGGCCCAUAUUCCCGCCCGGCGUGCCGCAGGACUACUGGGCGCUGGCGGUGCAGUGCUGGAGCUCCGAGCCCACCGCACGGCCCACAACCGGCGAGGUGCUGCAGGCGCUGGAGGCCAUGUAUGCCAAGUACGCCACGCCGGCGCCGCAGGGUCAGGACAACCUCAACACGCCCGCGUGAGCCGCGCGACGGCACGUGACGGGCGGUGUGCCAGGGGGCUGCGCCCUGCUGCCGCCGGAGGACGCGGUAGCGAGAGGAACCGGAAUCAAUGUCACUGAAGCUACAGCUGGCUAUGCUCACCUCCACGCACGGAAUUUGAGGAUAAAUUGCCCAGAAGGCGGACUACUUCUUUCGGGGCUGCGUGCGAGGCGAAAUGUCAAAAACCGCUAAGAAACACAAGCCUGGGAUGCUUUGUUAAUGAGCGCGGAGGGCACAAGAGAAGAACGCAUAAGCAUGUCAUACGCAUACCGUGUGUGUUGGCACACUGCCUUUAGCACUGUCGUGCACUGGCAAUCCUUUCCACGCGAGGGGUCGGGGAGUUGCGCUGACUCGGGCGGAGCCGUGUGCCCUUGUGCGGCCUGCUGUGCUGCCCAGACAUCGCGCUGCACACGCAGCACGAAACCCCCGCAAGGCCGACACUACAAGUUGCAGCUGCCCCGGUACAAAUUUUGUGUGCGGCUUUGGUCAGCUGCCAUGCUUUUUUGCUUACAGUGCAGCUGUCUCGGCACUGUUCGGCGUUUUGUGUUCAUGCGCACCCAAGCGGGCAGGCGCCAUGCCGGCUCGUAGGUGUUGGCAGGGCGUUCAUCCCGCGAACCGCACCCCACCGGCCGGCGCCAGCAGAUGCACUGGUGGGGCACCGGUCGCGGGAAGGCCAAGCUGCUAGUGCUAUGAGUCCUUACUAGGAUAGUCGCUGAGAACUGUGGUUUGCGUAUGUGUGGGUUUACGUAUUAUGUACAGUAUACUGCACUGGUCGGCAAGCGGAAACGGUUACGUCGCUGCGCACUCGGCCACACGCUCCAAGUCCUGAUGAGGGGGCGGGGCAAAUCGUUACGGGGCAGUGGAGGCCGAUGCUUGUGGUGAAUGAGACAAGCAGCGGAAAGAGGGGGCUACAGGGACUGCAUUGAGGGUUGGGCCACACAACGCGCUAGAUUGCGAUCUGUGUUUGCAUGGUACUUUUGGGGGCUUCCGGGACGGGUUUUCAUGUUUUCGGGGCGCACACGGCAGUCGGUGAUUUGUACUCCUCCCGCAGGCUUGUUUCCUGCCCUAAAUGGUACGUGAUGACGUUGGUUUGCAUCAAUCGGGGGUUGGCGCAUUGUCUGCGGGAUAUCACAUGUCACAUUGCAAGAGAGCAAUACACCGAUGUACGCACAGGGGGGAGACGCCGAGCAGUUGAUUGCGUGCUGAUGCCGGCGCUUGAAUUCAGAAGCCUCGCGGGGCACCCACUGCGGGGCACCCAGCGUGCAGAUAAGAAGUGAGAUCCACGGCUUGUAGGGCUGUGUGCGUGUAGCAAGGCGGCGCCGCGGGCUGCCACAACAGAUGAGCUCACAGUGCGUGAUUGCUCGGUGUUUACUGCGUCUAAGCCGGGGAGAGCGUGUGCUUUCUGAUGGUGUUUGGGGCGCAGGCGUGGUGCGCAUACGAACUGAUGCAGCAUUUGCCGUGGUCGCCGCUCCGAGGCGCGCACAAUCCCACCGCAUCAUGUGCGUUGCGUGCGGUGCAGCAGAUGAGUGCAAAGGUCGGAGGGCCGGACUGUAUGGAUGAUGAUGGUGCUGUUCUAAUCAUGAUCAUCUGCGCUGCUGACCAUGGUCAUGGCACGUGCCGGCGUGUGUAAUUUGCACGGAGGUAUCCAGGCAGCGAUGAGGCACUACAUCGAUUUGCCGGAGAGUGGGUCUGCGCUGAUUGCCGGAAUAGGCAGAGUCAGACACCGGGCGCAUGGUCUCGCCACAAUGACUGUUAUCCUAUGUCAGGUCUAGUGGACCAAUGCUGCAUUAAUGCUUUCCAGGUUGUUUGUCUGUCGGCGUCAUUUCAGUGUAAUGAACUGUUGGAUACAGCCUAGGAUUGUACUGUGCGGAGGUGCGACUGUCCAUGGAAGGGGCAAUUUGAGGAGGAAGCCUCACUACGCACGGCUUAAAGCUCAAAAGCCAGAAAUGAGCUGGAAUGGCGACGCGGCGUCUGUGUGUGUGUGUGUGUGUGUGUGUGUGUGUGUGUGUGUGUGUGUGUGUGUGUGUGUGUGUGUGUGUGUGUGUGUGUGUGUGUGUGUGUGUGUGUUUGUGCGCGUGUGCGUGUGCGAGAGGUGCGGCUGUGGGUGUGUGGGUCGAGCGUGGAAGGUACCGCAAAGAAUGGGGGGUGCGCGGACGGAUGCGUUUGGAAGGGGGGGUGCGUGUGUAUGUGUGUGCGUGUGCACGUGUGUGUGCCUGUGAGGAGCUUGGGGCUGCUGCAAUUCAUGUGGGGGCCAACUGUCACGGCGACGAUGCGGUUGGUGGACAGACAUUUUGGGGUUCGCCUGGGGGCUGCGAACGCACGUCACUGCCGUGCCGAAUGCCAAGUACCGCUCCGGCGCGCACAACCAGUUGCGCAGACGAGUGCCUGGGCCUGGCCUGUGGAACAGUGGAAGCGAUGCAUGGUGGCUGGCCAACGCGCCCACGGACUCACAACAAAAGAGUUUUUUUGUGCUGUAUGGACUAUAGCGUGUGUAAGUGCUUCAUCCGCACAGACUGGCGCACAUAUGCUGCGUCCACAGCAGGUUAACUCGAACACGGCGUGGGGAUGGGUGGCAGCCUGGUAGGGUAUUGGUGAUAAGGUUUGCAGGCACCCGUGGGCUGUGUCUGCCUGUCUAUGGGGAAGUGGGGGCUGCGGCGCGUGCAUUUGACGUGCGUUGCGGAACUAAUGCGUAUGUAGACCAGAGCGGAGGGCGGAGUGGGCUUGCAGGCAGCGCAUGACGCAGCGUGGUGCCCUGCAGUGGCAAGACCAACGGCGGCGGCUGGGCCGUUGAGGGAGUCAUCGAAGUGCGGAGAAAUGCGAACGCUGACAAAUCGCUGGAUGUGGCCAUUCGCAACUGCCACUUGCUCAUGGAGGCAGGGACAGCUCUCGACCGCGCUCAGGAACCACAGCAGCAAGUGGACAAGGCGGCCAUAGGUGCCGCUUGUCUGCAGCAUCGUCGUCAGCGGCAGACACGCCGAC